AUGGGGAAGCAUAGACAACAACUAGACUCUCAAGAAUGCAACAGAUUGAGUGUACACCGGGAACAACUCUGGGAGGACUGUGUGGUGUUCUUUAAAAACCCAAAGUUUAAUACAAGAUAUCCCUUGAGAAUCAGAUUUGCUGGAGAAGCUGGGCUUGACGCUGGAGGACUACGUCGUGAAUUUGGCUCUCUCUUAGUCAGUAAGUUGUUCUCCUCAGAAGCCACGUUAUUUGAGGGUAGUGAUGAUCGAAAAGUUCCUGUAUACAAUGCUGAUGCUGUACAUUCAAACCUUUUCCACUUAGCCGGAAAGAUUUGUGCCUACCUAUUGUCCCGCCUAGGCCUUGGUGUAUCUUGCCUUAGUCCAGUGAUUUAUUCUUACAUUACAACUGAUGAAGUACAUGAAGCACCAAAGCAAUGCACCCUGGAAGAUAUACAAGACUGCGACUUGCGUAAAUUCAUUGAAGAGGUAUAUAUGUGGAUGCAACUUGUAAAGCUGCCUUUCUUUUGGAUUCUAGUAUUUCCGAAGUUCACAUUAUCUUCAUAUGUUUGUAACUUAUUUACAUUUUGAACCUUAUUGCAAACUGCUAGAUGGUGGUGGCCCCAGCACAAAUUAAAGUUUGGGUCCCUCUUACAUGAUUGUUAUGAUGUAGUCCCCUCCAAAGAAUAACACAAAAAACUCUUUAACAGUAGGUGGUGAAAAGACGGUUUCCUUGUGGCAAGUUUACAAAGGGGCCUGAAAAAAUAUUCAGCCAUUCACACAUGUUAUAAAAGGAGAACUUACCCGGAUACCUUCUCAAUUCUGAGGAUUAAUAGUGCUAGUUUACAAUAGUCGUGCUAGAAAAAUAGUAUUUUUUUUGUAUACUGCUUUGAUUAAAUAAACAAUAGCCUCCAUUUGGCGCGAAAAUAUACUAGGAUAUUUGUACGCGGACAUUAUCUGUUGCGAGAAGCGAACAGUUUUCCUAGAGCGUAGCUCGAGGGACACUGAGCUUCGAGGAACAGAUAAUGUCCAAGGACAAAUAUCCGAACAUAUUUUCGCCCCAAAUGAAGGCUAUUGUGUUUAUUAUCCUUCAAAUCUUUUUUGCAACGCACGAAGUUUUGAAAAUUGGGGAAUAUUCGGACAUGUGAUGUGUUUAGACCAAUUACGUGCGAGCGAAAAUAUUUGAUGGAUUAUGAUUGGGAAUAUCUUUGAACAUGUAGGUGAAUAACGCGAGCUCUAAUGACGAACUUCAGAGAAUCUUGGAUGGGAAUGAUCAAACGGACGCACUGCUAGCAGGAGGAUGGGUGCGCGUCUUAACCAUGGAAAAUAAAGGCUUGGCAAUGUGGCAGUUGAUGAUACGUGAAGUUAUUUUGAAGAGAAAAGUAGCACUUGACCAGUUUUGUGCAGGUUUAAACGUUCUAGGUGUCCGCGAAUUGUUGAUGGCUCACAGCAAAAUGAUGGACCCCUACUUUGUUGCAAGGGAGCAAACUCCUCUCAGCGCCAAUGCUGUUCUUGCACUGUUCAAAGACAUCUCACAGCAACAGUCAGAUGCCAAAAAGGAGCAAGCCCGGCAGCAUCUGAUCAAGGCUAUA